UCAGGGGCUAAAUAUUUAAGGAAGAAUCUAUGCAUGCAUUCCCUAAUUCCUACCAACGAAGAAUGAAAAAAACAAAAAGGGUAUAAUAAUAGAGAAUCAUAAAGGAAAUGGGCAAGAGCCGCUCUGUUAUCUAGCUGUGUAGCCGACCAAAACAGUACCACAUUUCUGAAGCCGACUGAAAUGUCGUGCUUAACAGAACACUGUAAAAGCUACUCACUCUGAGCUCCUAUUCGUCUCAAUUAUGUCCCCUGUUUACAGCUGCUGCUCCUGCACCAUCUCCACCAACAUAUACUCUCUCUCUCUCUGAUCCCUCUCUCCAUAAAAUCCCUCCCAUCCAUCAAACUCGCAAGUACCAAAGCCAGCCAUCCUACUCUCCAUCUUCAUCCUCAUCCUUUUGAUCUUCUUCAACGUUCUUGUCCAAAAAAAAAAAAAAGCAACCUUUCGUAGCUACCCAGACAAACUGAUCACAACCACCCAAAAUGUCUUCCGACUCCGGCGAGCACCGUAGGCAAACCAAGGCAACCCACAUCCCCGGAGCCCCACCACCGGAACAAGAACAACUUCCGUGCCCGCGCUGCGACUCCACCAACACCAAGUUCUGUUACUACAACAACUACAACUUCUCUCAGCCCCGCCACUUCUGCAAGUCCUGCCGCCGCUACUGGACUCACGGCGGCACCCUCCGAGACAUACCCGUUGGCGGCGGCUCCCGCAAGAACGCCAAGCGCUCUCGCACCGUCACGGCCUCCACCGCUACUUCCCAGGUAGACCCCUUACCUGCCUCCCCUUUCCUGCUGCCCCUCACGCCCAACCAGAGCUCGUCAGUACAGUUUGGGGGUGACGGGAAGGGUAAUGUGAGCGUUUGUGGGAGUUUCACUUCGCUGCUGAACACUCAGGGGCCUGCUUUUUUGGCGGUGGGUGGGUUCGGACUUGGUCUUUCAUGUCCCGGGUUUGAGGAAAUGGGAUUCGGGCUCGGCAGAGGGGUCUGGCCUUUUAACGGAGUCGGAGAUGGUGGCGGUGCGGGUGUUUUCUUUGGUGCUAAUGGUGGUGCUACGGGAAUGGGAAACGCGUGGCAGUUCGAGAACGGUGAUCAGUCCGGGUUUGUUGGAGGAGAUUGCUUUUCUUGGCCGGAUUUGGCAAUUUCGACCCCGGGAAAUGGUCUGAAAUGAACAGUUCUUCCCCCCUUCUGUUUUUUUUUUUUUUUUUAAUUUUUUAAUUUUGGUUCUUGGUGUUAAUGGAAACUGUGGACUUGUUAGUGUUGAGGGCAAACUGUGGUAUGAGAUUUAGAAGAAGAAAGUAGACUUUUUUUU